GCGCUCCGCUGCUGCCAUGGCAACGGGCGCGGCCUAGUGGGGCCUGGAGCCUCCCAGAGUCUGCAGGGUUCGGCCAUGGCGGGCAGCGAGCGGUGCCGCCGGGCCCGGGCGACAUGGGAGGUGUCCGAGUCAGAACCGGAGCCCGAGCCCCACGGCUCCAGUGCGGCUCCGGAAGUCUCUCCUCCGGCGGCAGCCGCCGUACGGCCGAAGCGGCGGAGGGCGGCCGGGGAGGCCGAGGCCCGGAGGCGGGAGCGGCAGCGGCGGAAGGAGCGGGAGGCGCUGGAGAAGCGGGAGGCGGCAGCGGCUUGGCGGCUGCUGAGGCCCGAGCGCUGCCUGCGGCUCCUGGAGGUUUCCUUGAAGAUCCCGGCUCAGAUAUUUGGAUCAAGGCUUUGAGUUCCCUGGACUGUAAACAUUCCUUUAAGCCUCAGGCAAUUCCCUGCAGCAUAACCUGGAGGAGAAAUAUGCCAACCAUUCCAUCUUCCCCAGAUGACUGCAUGGUGAAAACUGAAGAGGAAAAGGAGGUGUUGGUGUUGUUGGAGCCAGCAGAUUUUCUAAAGCGCCUCUAUUCCCUAACCCAGACUUUUGUUGAUGCCUCGUCAGGGAGUCAGCCUGACCUGAACCAAGUGUUACCUUUGGCCAGCCUGGAGGGCUCUUCCACUAAAACCUACAGCCUGGCUGUCGUGGGGCUGGAUGCCUACAGGUGUAACCAGGAGCAGAAUGGGUGGCAGGCACUGAGCCCUGGAAAGCAGAGUUCCAAAUGCCAGCCUGGCCCAGAGCUGUUCAUGACUCAGCAGGAAAUACUGGAGGCGCAGGUGGUGCUCCAGCUGUGGGGUAACAUUGAUGUACAGCUCCUAGACACGUGGCAGGAAUUUGGUGAGCACAUCUCUGUGCUGACUAAGGCAAUAGCAAGGCGCCCAUACAAGAGUCAGCUGGAGAUGCAGGAGUUGUCUUUCUGCACUGCUGGGGUCUCGGGCAAGGGGUUGCGAGUAGAGAAGGAUGGCACAGGGCUAUGGCAGGUGUGGAAGAGCCAAAUCCAGCAGUUUAACAGAGUCAGCCCUGCAACAGCAGCAGCAAUAGCAGAAGCAUAUCCUUCCCCUGGCCUCCUGGUACAGGCCUAUGAAGAGUGCAGCACAGAAGGUGAGAGGCUGCUGCUGCUGAGUAACAUCCCUGUGAAAUCAGACAUCAGUGGGAAGGAGCACCGUGUUGGGCCAGACUUGUCCCGCCGCAUCUAUCUCUUCAUGGUUUCCACCAACCCUGACCUCAUCCUGGACCUGACUGUAUAGUGGGACCAGGGACCACCUCAGUCAGCCUCAGCAUUUUCUGCUAAACUCAACAGUUGCUGAGCUGCUUCUGGCAUGGCAGUGCUGCUGGGAGCCCAGCCUGUGGAAGCAGCUGGUUCUGUUUCAGAAUAGACUCGCACAUCAAUAAAUCUCUUGUUAUAGAUGCUUUCUUCAGCCUCUUGGCUCUCCUUUGCUCUUUUAGCAGCUUUAUAUCCCUCUGGCUGUCUCCCUGAAGCAUUAAGGCAUGUUUGGAGCAGGAGCUCCAAGUCUUAGUAGCUUGGUUCCUCUGCUGACAUAACCGUGGUAAGUGUGCUGCCUGUCAGCUGUGUUACUGAAUGAGAUAAAUACUUUGUGCAACGUCCUGACUUUUAGUGUCCUGCUGCCUGCUCACUCUUUGGUCCUGCUACUGUCAGUCCUGCUUGUGAUUUCUUCAGGAUUGUGGGUCCUGCUGGACUUGGACCAACUUGCAAUGCAUGAAUCUGAGGCUGAAAGUGCAAAACUUCAAGAACAGCCUACUUUUCUGUGCUUUUCCAGGCAUGUGCUAAUGGACAUCCUGAGUCAGGAUAGUAAAUAUACUUUUGAUCUGCUCCAGUUCAGCUUCCCACUUCCAAGCUCCAAGUUACAGAACAAUAUAUGAAGGACUCAGUAUAACAACGUUGUGAGCUCUACCAGGAGAACAGAAGGAGCCAUGAUGGAGAAAAACGUUCAUCAACUGUCAAAGCCAGCUGGCCAGAGAGAAACCACAGCCUGGGGUACAGGGAGCUCAAGGCAGGAGAGGCUGUUGGCUAAGCUCCCAACAUAAGGACACACAUGAUAAGCUGCAGAAACUCCAUGUGAAAUGAUGGGCUAAAAUGGGAUUCUUCUGCCAAAGCAAAUGUUGAGCUUCUUAUUUGGAAAUAGUUGCAAUGGGGACAGUAGGGAUCAGGAGCUCUAAACUCUGAGGAUUUGGUAUUGCUAAUUGUGGCAUUUCACAGUGACACAGAAACCCCUUGAGCUUCUUCUCAUUAAAUACAACUUGCAAGCUCCAAGUGACACCAACCAGUGCUGUGAAGGUGGGAGGGCACCCUCAGAAUAAAGCUCCUCCUUGCCAGUGAUUCUCCUGCUUCCAUCUGCUAAUGCUUGAAUUAGUUCCUGGGAGGAGAAAUCCAGCAGGGCUGUUUUUUCUGGCGGGAGCACUGCUACAGAUGGGUUGACAGAGAGCCUGUCCUGUUUAAUUAAGGUUCUCAUUCAGAGCCAUAAACAGAGAGGCAAGAGCCAUCUUUGCUUGAAGAUUCACAACGUGAGAAGGAAAGAAACAGUCAUGGGGAGCAAAAAGCUUCGCAUGAAGCCUUUGCAGGUCUGUAAUGACCGGGAGAAAAGACAGCAGGUGGCUGCCUGCGUUCCCAGUUGCAAUGCUAGGAGGGAGCCUGUGAAGAGCACAAGCUGAAAGGCAUUUCCCAUCUCAUCUAUUUCAACACCCCCCAGUUUGCAAUAACCUUUGCACUUGGCUGAUGGCACCAGCUUAAAUCAUCUGUAAAUGCAGCACUCACCGGAAGAGAGUUUAAAGGCUGCAGAAAAACAUCCUGAAAAGCAGUGCUGUGUUCAUCUAAGGACUCAAUUAUGCUGGCAUGCAGAACUGCAGGACAGACCGACUGCAGGGGAUUGCAACAGGGGGCUGUGCUCCUCCCUCCCCUGGCUGUGCCUGCCCACUUGGUCUCCUAGCAGCUCCUUCAGCACUGAGGGGCAGAAAGAGGGGAAGCUGAACUGCCAAAUGUGGCCAUUUCAAGGGCUUCCAGCUGCAUCAGCGCUGGGCUGAGUCCUGUGAGCCAGCCUGUCCUGACAGCACAGUGGAACCUGGCAAGAAGAACCACUCAUCCCUCGAUCCCUCAGCACAAUUUGAGCCCAGCCAGUGCUUGUGGCCUAAUCCACAAGGAGCAGCUAAGGUGCUUUUUCUUCCUCUUUCCUGUCUGAAAUAUUAGGGCAGCUCAAAUGUGAGAAAGCAGGAAGGCUGUCCUGCGUGCCUUUUGCUGGCAGUGGUGCCAGGCCACUGCUGGAUUAUUCACUGUUCCAGGCUCCAGUCCAGCACUGCUUCUCAGCACAUACAAGAAGGGACCAGCUGCAGGCAGCACACAAGUCUCAGUUAGUGGCUGUCCUGCACACAAACUGCUCUGACUUUCUGUCUCUGGGGUGGGUAUUUAGGGCUGUUUGAAUGCAAAUUGUCAGAACACACACAUUAAUAAAACACCACAGUCUUUCCUUCCUGUUUGCAGCCACAAGCAUCAGCAUGGCGCUGCUGGAGCUCCAUCCAGGCCUGGCUCCGAUGUUCCAGUGCGCAGCAC